AUGGCUUCGCUCACAGGAUCAGGUGCUCCUCUUGGAUUCGCUGAGGCUCUGCAUGCUGCUGACGCUCCCUUUGACGCAAAACGCGCGUGCGGGGGAUCAACAUCCGACACUCUGCUUGCGGGAGAUGCGGCUUCUGCUCGUGGCGAGACGGCUGUUCUUGCAGAUACUGUUGCCUCGAAGCGCGCAAGACCCGCCUGUGGUUUUCCAGCCAUGGGAUACACGCUGCAACGCCCUGCUGGAUUCUCUUCUGCUUCCAGAGGGAGUAUCCAGACAGGAGUUCCCAUCAUCUACCUCUCGAGUCAGAAGGGCUGGCGGCAAGAGUUCAUGUUUGAUAGGGUGUUUGGACCUGAAGCGACUCAGGACGAGGUGUAUUUCCACUCUGCUAGGAAAAUCAUUCCGCAUGUUCUUGCCGGCCUCAACGGCACGGUCUUUGCCUAUGGAGCCACUGGUGCUGGCAAGACAUACACCAUGCAGGGUUCUUCUGAGCAGCCGGGUAUCAUUUCUCGAGCUAUACGAGUUCAAAAUCUUUCUUUGCAUCCUGUCAGCUGUGCUGAGGAGGCUUUGCGUCUUCUCGAUCUCGGCAACAAGAACCGCAACACAGCGGCAACGGCGGCAAACCUCUCCAGCAGCAGAUCGCAUGCGAUAUUUCAGGAAUUCCAAGUUGACGCACUUGCUAAAGGACUCUCUCGAGGGCCAGUGCCUCGUCGUGAUGAUUGCAAACGUUCAUCCUAA